AUGAGAUUGGGCGAAGAGCGAGAAGGCGAUGGCUCUAUUCCCACGCCUUGGUCUAGGGAGGCAGAACCUACGAGCACCAGAAACCCCUCGGGUAUUUCUCACGGUUCAUCAUACCCAGCCACCGAAGGGGUGGCCGAAUCAAGGCAGCAAUCGUCACCAGAGAAUCAACCAUCACAGCAGGAGGAUGGUGCCCGACGACCUCCCAGGGCAAAUAAUACUACCUUGUCGAACACAGCGCGACCGGGCACAUCAUUUGAUUUGGAUCCCAACUUCACGAUUGACCCCACGUCCUUAGACAGAUUGGUCCCUUAUCAGUCGCCCCAGCGAACAAUAAUUCAAACAAAUACAAAUACAAAUAUUGUUGAUCCAUUUAUCACUGGUGUUGUUCCAUAUAACUAUCUCGACUUUGAAGAUUUUCCACCAUUAGGUAACCUUGACUUCGAUUUAUUUUAG